AUGGGUAAACGACCUGCCGAGGAAGUCGUAGAUGGCAACCAGGCCUAUCUCAAACGCCAGAAGAUCACAGCCUCAGUGAACGCAGCCCCAGCAGACGAGGUCUGCUCUGCAAGACAGCUGCGAAAGCUACUUGCAUUUGAUCAAAAUGCAGCUCGGUCAAAGCAUGGAAUACAAACGCUCAAGAAGUUCUUGGACAGUUUUGCGGACCCAGAAGAUGCCAAUGCCCAUCGAACAUCCAUCCUUCGAGAAUACCUCGAAUCGCAAAACUCCACCAAUGAUGAAGACAAGGCAGAAUUGUUCUUGCCCGAUAUAACACAAACUUGGAGUUUUGCUUCGCAGUCAAACGAUGACAGCUUACUGUCCGCAGUCCCUGCUGUACUUGCGCUGCUGUUCCGAACUAUCUCUACAAUCUUCGAGUUCACUGAAUAUGGAAUGAAACUGGGUCGUACGCUGCUCCUCAAACGGCAACAAGAAUUGAUAGCCCGAGGUCUCACAGCAAACAAGAGCAAGGAAUUUGUGAUUUCUCCCGUGCUGCGACUGCUCAAGGAGCUAUCGAUUUUUGAUGGUGGGGUUUUCGCAAAGCAGGUAUUCCGCAGGAGAGAUCAAACAUUCAAAGGCCUGGCCCGCAACUUAGGCCUCCGAUAUGCUAGUAACGGCGUAGAGGACCCAAGGAAGCCGUCGGUGCGAACAAAUGCCCUUCGACUUGUACUCUCCGCAAUAAAAUUUCUGCCAGCAGAGGCCAAACGGGAACUUUUGAAUCAAAGAGACAUCGUCUCAGCUUUGACGAAAGAUAUUAGAGAUGAUCCCCCGUUCAUGGUUCGCGAUAUCCUCGAAACUCUGAAAAUCCAUGUGCUCUUGGAUACAAAACUACCUCGAGAUGCGAAGGUUAAACUUGUUAAUGCCAGCUCCCUAGGACGCAUUGCCAUGCUGUACCGAUAUGAUCAACCAGAUAACGAUCCAACUACCGUGAAGAAGGCUGUUGAUGAAGUGGCUCACGAAUUCCUGGUAUUAGCCUGCACGUCACCCGACGUAGGUCUGAUGAGCCGUCAGUCUGGUUUCUAUCCCCGAGGUAUCGAUCCUGAUGAUAUUCACGGUGUUGACUCCGAUGAAUCGUUUAUUGAUUUAGGUCUCGACAGCAUCGAGUGGAUGGACAAGUAUACUGAAAAAGUCCCUGUUCGGAACACCAUUUUGUCCGAUUUUAUCCAAAAUCUGCGACCUUGGUCGAGUUCAAAACAAAGCGAGCUUCUUCUGUCUAUCUUAAAAUCUGCUCCGGAGCUAUUUGCGGAUUAUUAUUUUGGCAAAAAAGAUUUCUCGUUCGAUCCCAAGCUCACCUCCACGUGGAUGGGAUAUUCAGCGUUUAUAUUUUCUUCUCUACAACUCCCUCUCCCCGAGUACUUUGGCCAUCAGGAACGAUAUGCCAGACUCCCACCACCACCCGCUGUGGUAUUGGAAAGCAUUCUUCCUCAACCCUUGAGCCAGAAAGUCUUGACUCGCUGCCUAACUCAACCUCACAACAGCUUGGUCACGUUCUUCGCCAUCAGAAUCCUCUCUAUUGCUAUGAGCAAGCUGGCUAAAGCCUUGGAGAUGUAUCAGGGGGCAGCGAAUGGGUCUGGUUCCUCGCUGUGGACCCAAGCAGCAAAUAGAUUGGCCGACGAAUUCUGUAAAAGGUGCCCCCCCAUUAAGGAGGUGAUCAUCGCCUACCGAAGGAUGAUAAGUACGGAUCUCAUGCAGAGGGAAGCGGUUACCAAGCUGCUGGUGCUAUACUUUGAAGUCGUCCCUCGAAUUGCCCUGGAUGCUAAAUUCGGCGUCUCCGCAGCGUUGGCCGACUGUUUGAAAGCUAUGGAUGAUACCACCCUGGGCCCACAGGAUCGAGUCCUCCGGGCCAUGGAGUUAGAGAAUGUUUUUAGAUUCGCUCAAUUCUCCCCAGGAAUGCGCUGGUUUGGCAAAGCAGACGGCCUCUCGGUUUCACCUUUUAUGGCAAUGCUGAAGCUGUCUGCCGAGGCUCCGGCAGACCUUCCACUUCUUAAACUCAAAUCAGUCCUUCUCUCGGUGGUCGAGGAGAACCAAAUCCUACAGAAUCAGACUACUAUCUCCGCAUUAGAUACGUUCAUCCUGAGAUUACGGGAGCUCGACGACAGUGCCCAUUCAUCCGCGACCUACACUUUUCUCGAUGACUGUGUCUCACGAUGUGCCGCAAAGCCUGUCAAGUAUAUCUUUGCUCUGGAAGAAAUCUGCGCCGAGAUUCACAAAUCCGAGGGAAUACAGUCAGCGGUGAGCUUGCUAUCAUUGGCAAUUAUUGAGCAAUGGCCAUUCAUGGUCAAAUCGGCGCAGGAUGUGGCAUUGAAGGAGACAGCCACAUUUAUUGCUCGAUAUUUGGCAGCCUCGAUAAAGAUCCACGAAGAUAAGAGAGUCAUCAAGAAUUUGAUACAGAAACUUGCCGCGGAGACCCCCGAAAACUCAGCUGCAAGGCACACGCUUGACCAAACUCGAAAACUCGUUGACAGCAUUGAGGUUCCAGACGCUAAAAAGAUUCCCCUUCGCUUUACAGCGAAGCCCGAGACCAACACCAUAUCCGAAAUCGAGAAAUCGAAAAUCUUGAGUAGCCUAAAUCCAGAAUCCGGAAAUGAGGUGGAAGACCACAAUGCGCUGACCAAAUGGACAACGAAGGAAGUCGACGAGAUUAUUGAGGGCGGCUAUGCAACCUCGCUGAUCACGCUUCUGUCUUCCAAUAUUCUGAGCAUCAGAAAGGAAGCCGCGACAAACAUUUCGAAAUUUGCUGCAAAGUUGAAGGAAUCAUCAUUCGAUGAGAAGGACCAGAUCUGGUUGCUCCUUUCCGAAUUAGUCGAAACGGCAAAGCAAGUCAUUGAUCAAGAGCCGCUGUCAACCUUUAUCUCCGCCUUCGCUUCACACGCCCUGUCAGUUCUCAACGAUCCGUUGCAUUGCAUGUACCCGAAGAUCAACAAGUUUCUCACCUCGGGCCCGAUCUGGCCGCUAGACAAGAUUCCUCUGAUGUUCAAGAUUCUCGAUGAGUCUCCUAGUUUGGACGACGCACAUUACAUGGAGAUGGGCUGGCUUUUGGCAUAUAUGCACGUUGGCCUUCGCACGCAAGCUGACAUGACCAUCUACCGUAAGCGGCACGUCUUCGAAAAGCUCUUUUCAAUCUACAAUAGCACAUAUCUUGCGCCCGGUUUGCGGGACAAGAUCCUCAAAAUUAUAUUCAGAGCCAUGUCAAUUGAAGGUGGGAGUACGACGCUGAUUACCAGGUUCAGUGCCAUGACUUGGCUGCAGGCACAGGUGUCUUUAGGAGCCGGUAUACCCCUCAAAGUCCUCAUGGAAACUAUGCUCGAGUCGUGUGAUCAGCAACGGGUCAGGAAUUGGAGUAAGGGUGCAAGUUUGGGGGCAAUUAAAGUAGAUACUUUGAGAUUCUAG